AGCUUCAACCUGGAAAAAAUUCAAUCAUUGUUCAUCACGACUGACUUAAUCGCUCGAUUAAUCAUCGUUGGAUAGUAAUCGGGUAAUCUUGUGUAAUUCAAUCAAUUGUCCAAGUUGCGAAAAUGUUGAGGUCUAAAAGAAAGAGCAAGUCACCGUACGCCAGGCCAAAUGCUCAUCCGGCUCUCAGGGCCCUUAAUCCGGCAACCACAGCCACCCAAACCCAAGCAGGCCCGAGCAGGCCCACGCAGGCAGCGGUCCAGUUUGUGUCCACUCAACCUCAAAAUCAAGAGCAUCAGCUACCAGUCGAUGAUCCCACAACCAGUGAGCAGACUGCAGUACCGCUACCUUCCAUAGCGCCAUCAAUCCCUCUAUCAACUUCAGGUGAAAACCCUUUAAUAAGCAUUUCUGAUGAGCUUGGGGUUCAUGUCCCUCAAACCAUCAAAGAUAAAAUAUGGUCAAAACAAUACAUUGAUCUGUCAAAAAUCAUCAAUUCAGAAACAGUUGAUACAUCCGCUCAGGAUUCGCACAAAUUUUCCAUAGUUGAGGGUCAGUUAGUUAUUGAACCAAAAACUAAAACUAACAAAAUUACAUCAAUUAACACCUGGCUUGAUGCAUUUUUGAUUUUCUCAAGCAUAUACCUGGCUAGACACCCAUCAGACAUACAGGGUAUCUUGAAAUAUAUCCACACAAUACGUUUAGGAUAUAGCCGUAAUAUAAAUGGCAAUUGGAUUGAAUACGACAGACAGUUUCGUCUCAAAAUGUCAAAAAACACAUCAAUUUCAUUUGGCUCUAUCGAUGCGGAGUUAUGGUUAUUGUAUAUGCAGGCUCAAGUUCAACAAGCUCCACAACAGUCAAAAUCGUCACUCAAAUGUUUUGAUUAUAACUUUAAAGGUUCCUGUCCCAAACCCCAGUGUUCAUUCCAGCAUAUAUGCAUGCAUUGCAACAAGUCACACCCACGCAUGCAUUGUUGGUCCUAUCAGUCGACCCAGACCCAAGUCAUCAGAUCCCCCCCUCCAAAUCCAGCACACCAAAAUUUUGCCCCGCAAAAUUACACCAAUUUUCGUCCCUUACGCCCAAGGCAUUAUCAGCUACCAAGACCAAGAUUUCAUGCACCUAGGUUCAACCCCAAUUAAGAUCUCCGUUUUAGAGCAAUACCUCGCUACAUAUCCUGAUAUUCAGAAUGCUCAAUUUUUAUUAAAUGGUUUCAAAUCCGGCUUUUACUUGAAUUACAUAGGCCCAAGAGCCUACUUACAAUCCAAAAAUAUGAAGUCCGCGAGUGAACAUGCUGAUCAACUUUUGGCUAUCAUUGAGAAAGAAAUUACGUUAGGAAGGAUGUCAGGCCCCUUUUCCCAACCCCCUUUUCCCAACAUUAGGUGUAACCCUGUUGGGGUCCUGCCCAAGAAAGAUGGAGGCUACAGGUUAAUUUCAAAUUUGUCAGCGCCCAUUGGCAAUAGCGUCAACGAGCAUAUUGAUCCAAUUCUGUGCUCAGUGUCUUACGCUUCUUUUGAUCAAGCCAUUUCUAUGAUCCAAGAGAAUGGUAAAGGGGCAUUGCUUUGUAAAAUGGAUUUGUCUAGCGCAUUCAGACUUUUACCUAUUCACCCUUCAGAUUUUUCACUGUUAGGAAUAUGUUUUCAAGAAAAAUACUAUUUUGAUAGAUGCAUGCCCUUUGGUUGUUCCAUAGCUUGUUCAUCUUUUGAAAAAUUCUCAUCAUUUUUGCAUUGGCUCGUAGCACAAAAGUCUCAAAAUUAUAAUAUCAUCCAUUAUCUUGAUGAUUUUUUGUUUGUUGGCGAGCAAAAUACAUUACAAUGUUCAAAGCUUGCUGAAAUGUUCAUGUUAACUUGCAGUGAGUUGGGCGUCCCAAUAAACGACAAGAAAACUGAGGGCCCAUGUACUCGUCUAUCUUUCUUAGGACUAGGUAUUGAUACCAUAGAUAAGGUCAUUUUUAUUCCUGACAAUAAGGUUGCAGAACUUAGGUCCAAGCUUUCAUCAAUUACUUCUUCUAAAAAAGCCACCCUGAAAGAAAUGGAAUCACUUUGUGGUUCGCUUAACUUUUUCGCCAAAGCCAUCCCUGGUAGCAGGGCUUUUAACCGCAGGUUUUAUAACACAACAAUUGGUAUUAGGAAACAUUACCACCUGAUCAAGGUUACACAAGCAGUUAAAGAGGAUGCUAGGAUCUGGCUCACAUUUCUUGACCAAUACAAUGGGCGUUCACCAUUCCCAGAACUAUACUGGUCUGAUAAUGAAACCCUAAACCUCUUUACCGAUAGUUGUGGUUCCUACGGUGGAGGUGCGAUUUUCCAGAAUCACUGGGUUGUCAUAUCCUGGCCAGAGUCUUGGGGUCCAGAUAUAAGAAGAGAUAUUACAUUUUUGGAAUUAGUGCCUAUUCUUGUGGCCAUGUGGAUUUGGGCAGAUCAAUUUACAGCUAAGAAAUUGCUAAUAAACACUGACAACAUAGCUCUGGUCGAUAUAUUGAAUGCCAAGUCUAGUAAGUCUCAACGUGUCAUGUCUCUUGUAAGACCAUUGGUAUUAUUAUGUAUGAAAAAUAACAUUCAGAUUAAAACUAGGCAUAUCCCAGGUUACCAAAAUUCCAUUGCAGAUUCAAUUUCUCGAUUUCAGUGGGAAAGAUUCAGAUCCCUGGCUCCGCAGGCAGACAAGACUCCAGCCCGUUUACCUCCGGAAUUGUUGUCCCUCUUAGACCCCAUGUAGAAUGUUUACUUGAGGCAGCAAUAUCCAAAAAUACUGCGUCCACGUAUCAAAAAGGCAUAAAUUCCUUUGAAACUUUUUGUACCAAACACAAUUUUAUCUUUUGUUGGCCUCCACCACUGGACCACAUAAUCAACUACAUCGCAUACCUGCAUGCAAAUAAAGUGUCCUAUUCAACAGCGAGAUGUUAUUUGAGCGGUAUUAGUUACAAGCUUCAGUUAGAGGGUCAAAUUGACAACACUAAAACUUUUAUAGUUAAAAAAAUGUUAGAAGGUUUCCGUCGGUUAAAUCCAGCGAAGGAUGUACGGUCCCCAAUUUCCCUAUCUUGUCUCAAUAAAUUAGUUUCUAUACUACCUACGGUGUGCACAAGCUUGUAUGAAGCUGUUAUGUUUUCAGCAGCCUUUCAUUUAGCAUUUUUUGCAUUAUUGCGCAUUAGCGAAUUUACUUUCACUAGUAAUGACGCACCAGCCUUAUUAUUUCACGACGUGACCAUUAAUGAAACACACAUUGGUCUGUAUAUUAAAGGUUCAAAAACAGACCAAUACAAUAGGGGUACUAAGCUACAGAUUGAAAUAAAUUCUCAAACCCAGUCUUUAUUCAAGCACAUGCGUGAAUUUUUGGCAGUUAGACCACAAAUACAAGGCCUAUUUUUCUGUCAUUUCAACCACAAACCUCUUACUAAAUAUCAAUUCACAUCCGUACUACAUAAGUCUGUCAAAUUUAUUGGCCUUGACACAACAACUUUCAAAUCCCACUCAUUUAGAAUAGGUGGAGCUACACAUUUGUACUUGCAAGGGCAUUCGGAGGAGGACAUUAAGUCAAAAGGCAGAUGGAAAUCUAACGCGUUUUGUUCAUAUAUCAGAUUGUAAAGCAUAAUUUUAUGUGUGUUCAUAACAGCCUCGUAUUAUUAUUCAAUACUAAGUUUUCAGGUCCCAACACCACGGUCUGGAUCAUUGGUUCGUCAAUUAUCAAACAUGCAUCCCAUCACGCUGUCCAACAAUUUGGAAACUUACACCUAGACCUUCAGAAACAUAAUAUCACAGUAUAUUGGCAUGGAAAGAGUGGUUUGGUCUGGGAGGAUGUAGAGCCCACAAUUACAAAUAUCAUUGAA